GGAGGGAGAGUGAGUGAUCGAGCAAGCGCAAGAGGGAGAAAGCCAAAGAGAGCGCACAGGAGAGCCACAAAAAGUAGCCAGAGCCGAGAGAACGAGAGAGUCGCAGGAGGAAGGGGGAGAAUGCACGGCGUCUGGGUUACACUUCCUCGCUUGUAUCCAGGGCCUUUGUGAAUACACCAUGGGAUGCAUCGGCUCCAGGACACUGACGGGAGAUGGCGUACCUGUCCAGAAGGAUGGGGAGCAGCAUGGACGUUCAGAAUUUUCAUGGGAGGGAAUCAAUCUGUCUAUGGAAGACACCACGUCAAUCCUGCCUCGGCUCAAGAGGAACUCAAAUGCCUACGGCAUCGGGGCUCUGGCUAAGUCUUCUCUGUCAGGUGUGUCAGGCGUGAGCCGCACCAUGAAGGAGAGAGUGACCAAGCCCACAGCCAUGGCCCAGGGUCGUGUAGCUCACAUGAUUGAGUGGCAAAACUGGAGCAUGACCACGGUGGGCGCCGGGGGCGUCCCGCUGCCCCGCAUCACCACCCAGGAGCGGGAGAAGGAGCGGCGGCUGGAGAAUGACGCCUACAGUGACCUCAGCGAAACAGAGAAGGAGGCUCGUUUCACUGCAGGUAUCCUGCAGCAGUUUGCGAUCUCUGAGGCGACGCUGCUGGCCUGGACAUCGAUGGACGGGGAGAGCCCGCGUUCGGGCUCAAACCAAGGCAGCAUGGCUCACCUGAGUGAGCUCAACCAGGAGAGCAUCAACAGUCGAGAUCAGAUAUUGCACCACUCCUCAGCAGAGGUGUGGCCUCACACAUACGUCGCCCAGGGCCACUACUGCCUCUCUUCCUCCGAUGCCUGGGAGCCGAUCAACAACGACCCGUCGGUCGUGACGUCUCCGCCCGUCGGCUCCUACGUCACGGGGCCUGACGGGUAUGACGGGCAGACUCGGUUCCUGACGCAGCAGCAGCAGGAGCAGCAGCUGACUCUCCAGCAGCAGAAUCAGCUACAACAGCUGCAGCAGAUCCAACAGAUCCAGCACUACCAGCAACAGCAACUCCUGCAGUACCAGCAACAACAGUCGCUGGAGCACAGGCUGCAUAGUGCCAACCACUCGUUGCAAGCGACGCCCAACAGCACCAUCCACAGCCUGGUCCAUUCCGCUCACCCACCACUGGUGGAUUUGUGGAACACGGGGCAGAUGGAGGCCUAUCAGACGGACGCCGGCGGCUACAUCGGUGUGGCGGCGGUGGUGGAGCCGAGCCUCUGUGUUCCCUCUGCAGAAGAUAUGGGAACAGAGCACUCUCCGCUACUGGAGAAGCAGGAGGAAGAGGAGUUGAAGGAGGAUGAGAUGACACUGUGCAUGGAGCCAGAGUUGGCCUCGUUGACUCCGCCCACGCAACAAGGGGACGCCUCUGGCGGCAGUAGUCCGGGGCAACCGCCGGCAGAACCAAUCACAGAGCGGAAGUCCUCCGACGUCCCCUCCAGCCUCGUUCAGACGCUAGAGGAUAAGGACCAGGCGGAGGGGCAGGGUCCCGCCGCUUCCAUGGCAACCAACUGAGUACCUGGGUGUCAACAGACUACUUAUUACAAACUGACAAGAGAGUCGGCCAGGAAUGAACGUAAUAAUAUAUAUAUUAAAUAUAUAUAUAUUAAUCUGUUACUUUUCAGGUAUCACAAACCCAACUAUUUGGUUGCGAGGGGAUUUGGUGAGGAUUCGAUUUGGAGAUGGACACGUAAUGAGACAAAAACUAAUGCAAACAAAGGACAUUUAUUUAUUUGUAAGCCUUACAUCCCAAAGUCACAAUGGAAGGGACGAGUGAGGACAGAGAAACUGAAGAGGAGAGGGAGGAGAAGGAACGGGAGCACUGACUGACCGAGACAUUUCCACAAGGAAAAGGAAACCACGUUGAGAUGAAGACGAGGAGAAAGGAAAAGUGCAUGCUUUUUACAAAGACAAGUAACAUGACCCUGUCAUCGCUUACAAUAAUAAAACCUACCAUAAUAAAACAUUAUAAUAAGAAUAAUUUUGUAAUAAAGCAAAAAAAGAACAAGCCUAUGUAUAAGUGUAUGAUAAGAUAUCACGGUUUUCCAAUGGGGGAACAACUCUGUUUACAGCUGUUACUCAACAUAUUAGAUAGAGUUUAAUUGAAUUAUUUUCCCUGUUGCAUCAAACACAUACGGUAUGAUUUUAAAAUGGCAACCCAAACUAUUUCACGUUAUUCUAAGAAGAAAACGUCGGCACCCUCUAAAAAUACACAUGAUGUUUGUGGCACCAAGUUGCCCGCGGCACACCAGACAGGCCCGUCCUGCCGACUGCACACACUAAACUGCACAGAUAAGGAUUGUACUGUAAGAUAGUGUGCUUCCUACGGCAUAUCUCUGUAUGCAUGUUUCUCCAGAUCACUAUGGAGUACCUGUACUAUACAGCACCGUAUAGACUUUGCACUUAACCAUAGUACCCGAGGCCACGGUGGGCCUGCGGUGAGAAAUAGAGCGAAUCUCUUCUUGCACUGAUGCAAUCCAACAGAUCAGAGGUUGCCUUUGGACUGUCCCACUCAGACAGCCAAAAACCGAGCCGCUCGACAACACGGACCCUCAGCUGCUUCUCCCUUAGAAGUACGUAGCCGAGGAGGACAACCACCAUUUGAAUGUACCGGAAGUAACGUGGCCGUACAUGAGCGUUUGUUUUUGAUGUCUCCCCCGCGGUCCACACGGGACGGGAGUAUUUCUUUAGGAACAAACAAGUCUUUCAAAUGUGUGGGAGGAUGCUGUUGAAAAUGGAUUCAAUGCUGUCUGCAACACCACACACACACGCACACACACACACACACACAUGCAGACACCCAGAAAUAUCUAAAUUGUAACCAGCAAUAGACCGGCAAACCACUGGCUGCCCAACAAACCAGUGUCAGCUCUGUCGUAUAGAUGUAAAUAUUCUGAGUAUAUAAAAAUCGCCUCUCAAUCACAGUCACAGCUAUUCUAGUGCAGUAUAAGUUCUUUAUUUUUUUACACCUCUCAGUCCCACUUUACUUUGGGACGAAGCUUAAGAUUUAGGCCUGAAUUUAGUUUUUCUAACCACUACACAAAGACAAAUGAAAAGGAUGAAUGUUUGAGUAUUUUAUCCGCCGGGGGGGAAACAGAGACGGAGCGGUUUCACAGGAGGAAAUUACAGCCGGUGUGCUGCUCAAUCAGCCAAUCAGGGAAUAGAACGGAAGACUGAGAUUGACGACUUGUGCCGUACAGAUCGGUGUCUUCCUGCUCAUUGUGAUUACUGUGAAGCAGCUGCCUGGAGUGUGAUAGUGAUU